AGUACCACUACCACGCUGCGACUCCAGCAACAACCGAACUGAUCGUGCCAUUCUCCGAUUUCUGAUUUGCCUACGAAAAACUUUCAUUCUUCUCUGCAAAGUCAUUUCCUCGCAUAAAUCCUGUCCCACAAAAAUCAUCCUUUGGUCAAAUUCGUGACACAUUGUUCUCUUCCAAGUUGGCACAAAGAGAGAGAGAGUAGCGUAGCGUAGGAUGUUGUGUUUGUGCUCUGCUCACAGUUAUAAAAAGAAAGUUGGGAAUAGAUUGUCAGUUUAGUUAGAUAUUUGCUUUCACUUAAACCUUGGGAAUAAAUCUUGAAUCACGUCGGAUCACGGCAUCGUAGGUUCAUAUUUAUAAGGUCAUGUGAGUGAAGGACGUGUGUAUAUAUGUAUUUCGGAUACAUAAUUGAAUAGUUUUGGUAUAAGUAUAUUUAUACAUUGUGCCAAGAAGAUAGUUCAAUUUUGUCCUCAAUUGUGUUCACACGAGGAUCAAGUUUGUAUUAAGGUUUAGAUAGUAGACUAGACACGGGAUAUAGUGAAACCCUUGGCGUAAACUUGUAUGGAAAUUGUGCAUUUCACCAAAAUGUUCUGUGUUGGAUAUAUGUAAAUACGCACAAAAAUAUCAGCCCGUAAUUAGCCUCUAACCUGCGAGUAUACCUAAUUGGAGCGGUUCCACUCCUCUCCAUUGUACUUUCUUAAGGUCAAACUUGUCAAACAGUGUGAAAUCUUGUCAAACUCGAGUCCUUUCAAGACUGGAUCGGAUACUCUGUAAUUUUGCAAAUGAGUCUCAAUUUGGACAAUUUUGAGACUGAUUACUCACGAGAUACGCCGUACAUCCUGACCAGUCCGAGGUCUCUGAAAGCCUGUGCUGUUCUCGGUGUUCAACCAAUUGAACUAGUUUACCGAAGUUUGGAAGAGUAUGAAGAAGCUUUGUGUGAUCUUCCUUUAUCAGAAAUCUACAGGAUUUACGAGGAAAAUGAGACUAAAAGACAAGAGUUGUUACUGAAGUGUCGAGAACAACGAGAACUUAUAAGACACGGCUACACCAUGGCAGUUUCUCAAGUGUUUGAAGAAUCUUCUUCCACGACAGACGAUCCUCCACGACACGAACGACCAAAUUCUCAACAGCAACAGCGGAAUAAUAAAGAUAAGCAGCAGCUUAUCCGGUCCAGUGUUCGGAGCAACAUUCGUUCCGCCGGUGUUCUAAAGAAUAAUAAAAAUGUGAACAAUAACCGCUCAUCUUCUCCCGUCGCGCGGAGAUAUGCUUCCGCCCCAUCCAGAAACAAGCAGACGGGGUCCCAACCAAAUCUUUAUGGUGUUAAUUUUAAGAGAAAUAACUUGAAGUCCAGUCUGACCCCGUUGUCUCCAAGAGCACAAAGCAGGAGCAGCAGUGGGAGGAGGCUCGUGUUUCAUCAAACGUCCGAUACCGAGUCCGCCACGGAUGAGCAUGGAGGUCACACUUUGCUAAUUGACAAUCCGUACUAUGCCUCGAGUAGAAGUGUGCCCGAUCUUACGUCAAAAUCCAAUCUGGACUUUAGGAAGAUUGCUUCAAGCCCGAGAAGUCAUUGUCCGUGCAAUUGGGAAAUUACGGAUCGCAACGUGCUUGCAGGGUAUUUAAAGCAGUACAGUGACAUUCUAGAUUCUCCCGACUUGUCGUUUGAAGACAGAAAAAUUAUGGAAUGUCUCAUAUUGAAGAAAGGAAAGGAAAUGGAGUGGGAGAAAAAAUCUCAAGAGAUGAGAAAAUUACUGGAGAAAGAACGCGUGCAGAGAUGGACCGAGAAUCAACUACUGAUGCAAAAUUGGCAAGACAAAUUGGCCGAAAAGAGGCAUUAUGAGAACUUGGAAAACACCAAGCGAUACUUGGACAUACAAGACAAAUCUCUGCAAAGUCGCAGCAACUUGAUGCUCUAUAUAGAAGAAAGGGAUCGAAAAGUGCAGAGAUAUUUGGAGGAGAUGAACUAUAAAAAGAAGAAAAGUUUGCUAGAAAAGCAGAAGCGUGAGGCUUUGAGACAAUUGGAAGUGGGGAAAGCAAUCGAGAAACUGGUGGAGGAAGAUAGGACACACCGACAAAUUCUUAAGGACAAACUACAACGGCAGAUGGAAGAGGCUGAUACCCGGAAAAGACUGAGAGAAAGAGACUAUUUCCGGCACGUGUCAGAAAUGAACCGAAUGGAGGACAUAAAACGCACCCUAAAACUGGAACAACUGGAACAAAAGACUCGCGAAUCUGUUGAAGAGCUAAAAAUUCAAAUCGAAGAAAAAGAACAUCGAGCUCGUAUGAAUUACUUGAAUCGCAUCCGCCUCCGAGACCAAGCUCUCUCCGAAGGGUCCGGGAACAAACAAAAAGCCAUGGAAAAAGUCCAAUCCAUUCAUUCCGACUUGCUCAAAGGUCUGGAAGAAUGGCACAAAAAAGUAUUGGAGCUCCAUAUGGAGGCACAAAAACGGGCGGAAAUUAAAUAUAAUCAGGAAAUCCACCGGAGGCGGAUUCGUGUCGCAAGUGAUCGCAUUUUGCGAGAGGAACGCAGCUCGGAAAUGCUACGGCGCGUGCAAGAGUUGGAGGAGCAGAGGAGAGGUCUUUUGAAGGCCACGAUUCAAUCGAAAGAGUGCAAAACUGCGAGGGUGAAGCAGGACAAGGACAGAAAAGUUCAGAUUUCGAGGAUAAGAGCGCAUCAUGCGGCAGAAUUGAGGAACAAGCUUAAAGAGAAACUGGCUCCGGAUACUUUUGCGAAAAAAGCUGCACGGGCAGAAAUGGAACUCCGGAUUAUGAAGAGGAUUCAUAAUCCCCCCUCAGGAUUUAGUGUCAGGUUUAAUCCGAAACUAUUAAUUAACAAACGGUGCUCCUCGUGUUAUGCGAGCAGUAGUGGUGGCGGUAGUAAUAAGAGGACUCAUCAUGAUAAUCAUCAUUCUCAUUCAAGGCAUUGUGCUCAUAGUAUUAGUGGUGGAGGUGGAGGUGGCAGUGCAAAAUUAGCAUCCGGGUUUGGUGGUCCCAUAAAAUGUUUUCAUUAAAAAUUAAGCUUCAAACUACAUGCUGUGUAUGUUAUACCAUUUAGUUCAGAAUGCAUUUAUUUAUUUAUGUUCAAUAAACUCAUGGAUUUUACUCGCGAGAAA